AAUUAUGUCAUUUAUUGGAAAAGUCUUCCUUCUUGCAGCCCUUCUUGGAUACAGCUACCUCCUAUUCACAGAUCCUACCUUAGGCAAAAGGUUUGAAAACAAAUAUGUUUAUUUGUAACAAUAAGCUAUUGUCAAGCAAGUAUUCAAACUUAAUUAAUAUUCAAGUACAUCCCAGCUGAUGUGUUCAAACAUGUACCAGCAGUAAUAGCUAAACAAAUUGUUUCAGGUCUUUUAGCAAGUAGUUUACUACUUUUUAUUUGUGGAGGGUAUUAAACACAAUUUAAUUUUUAAGCUUUGCCGUAUUCCCAAUUCUUGGUUUGUUGCUUCAAAUCGCUAUCCUAAGCAAUCCCUUGUUCAGUGCUGAUCAAUACACAUAAAUCGAAUGCUUGAAGCUCAUCGCUUUGAUUGGAGGAGUAAUUGUUUGGGCUUCAUCCAAAUGUUGUUCUAAACAGGUUCCUAAACCAAAAACAGAGUGAUAUAAUAAUAUAUAUGAUA